CGUUUGCUACCCUACAUAUUUUCAACCAAUCAAUCCAUAUCCAAGCUUUAAAUAUUCUGCUAUAUAUUUUUAUAUUUCAACAAACGAUGGCGCGUCUGUACGAUUCCCGCACCACGAUCUUCUCACCGGAGGGCCGCCUCUACCAGGUGGAGUAUGCCAUGGAGGCCGCCUCGCAGUCGAGCACCUGCCUGGGCAUCCUGGCCAAGAACGGAGUCCUGCUGGCCACGGAGCGAAGCGUUGACAAGCUCCUGGACUCCAGCAUUCCGGCGCCCAGGAUCUGCAGGCUGAACGAGGACACUGCGUGUUGCGCCACGGGCAACACGGCGGAUGGAAAAGUGCUGACCACCGAACUGCGACUCAUCGCCCAGCAAUAUGCGUGCACCUUCGGCGAGAUGAUUCCCUGCGAGCAGUUGGUCACGAACCUGUGCGACAUAAAGCAGGCGUAUACGCAAUAUGGCGGCAAGCGACCCUUCGGCGUGUCCUUGCUCUACAUGGGCUGGGACUGCCGCUUGGGCUUCCAGCUGUACCAGUCCGAUCCCAGUGGCAACUACAGUGGCUGGAAGGCCACCUGCAUUGGCCGCCAUUCUGGGGCGGCCAUGGAACUGCUCCAGCAGGAACUCUUCACCAAGGGCUACGUGAGUCCCUCGCUCGAGGAGGCCAAGGAUGUGGCCAUCAAGGUCAUGGGCAUGACCUUGGGCAGAGAUAGCUUGAAUCCUGCCAAGCUGGAAAUGGCUCUAUUACAGCGCUUCUACAACACCAGCGUCUUUCAAACUCUAGAGAAAACCGAGAUGCACAACCUAAUCCAAAAGCAUAACAUUUUGCAGGCGCAGAUCGCUAGGCGAAAGUAGUUAUAUUAUAUUUUGCAUUUUAUAUAUUUUAC